AUGAACGCCGCGUACCCCACGAUCACCAUCGACCUCGUCCUCGACCGGCUGCAGACGCGGGAGGUCCUGCGCGCCGUCCUCCACGCCGUCCUCUUCCACCGGCUGUUCGGGACCGUGCGCCCGCGGACGUUCGAGGUGCUGGACGUGACGAUGCCCGGGGUCGACGACGAUGGAAUGCGACAGCGGAUCGAGGACACCGUUGGGGCGUUUUGGAAAGGCGUGGAGGGCGAUGCGAAUAAACGUGGCCAGAUUAUGGUGACCUUCUCGGAGAAGCGGCAACGGAAGACGUGGUUUAUCAUGGGCGAGGAAGAGGUUCCCUGGGAACAAUGGAUCAUAAAUGCCGAGAUCCGCCAGCCGUCAGAGAAAGAUCGGCAGAGGUUCAACGCGGACCUAGCAGGGACGCUGACGAAGAGCCUGCAUACGAUGCUCGCGCACGCGUCGUCGGAGCGUGGGCGGGCGGCGGUGCCGCUCAUAACGGACGCGUCGAGCAUCUCGCCGUUCCCCAUCAAGAUGGCGGUCAAGGUCGGCGGCGUCGAGGUCGCGUGA